GCGUAUUUAACUAGAGAUUGGAGAGCAUGUCUGAAUUUAUAACUACGUCGAGAUUUUUGGUCCUCCACGAUCCAGAACUUUUCCCCAUUCCUCACUGUUUUGUUUCAGUAUGAAAUUAUCCACCACUAUCAUCCUUGGUCUUGCCUCGUAUGCAGCAGCAGCAGCAGUGUUUACUGAUGCUGCCUCCGAAGCCGGGGUUGAGAAAAGAACAAAUUCAAAAGAUGAAAAAGGUGUUCAAAAAUCAUCAGGGCUGUCGAGGGAUUCGGAAAACUCAAGCCAUGAAAACUCAAGCCAAGGAAACUCAGGCCAGGAAAGCUCCGGCGUUUCUGGAAAAGCUGAUCACUCUUACAAUAAACAACAGUCUGGUCAGUGGGAACAGAACCCACCAUUAAAUGCCUUAAAUUCAUUGGAACCCUCAAUGCCAACAGUACCUUUUUGGCCCACCUGGCCCAAGUUUGGGAACUGCACUACAACCACGAGUUCCGUGAAAAAACCCACCUCUUCUACAAGAGCCAGUCCUGUCACUAAAACUUCGUCGGAAGUCAAAACCAGAUCUACAAAAAGUGUUUCACCUACUACCACUCAUAUUCCCCUUCCAACAAAGACUGCCUCACCUACUACUACAUCCCCAGAAGCGAUUUCAUCCUGGGUUGCUAGCGAAAUAUCGAAGUUGUUGGGCGACAUGUUUACUGAUUGUCAAACCUUUGCUAACUUCAUUGACGAAGACUUCACUUCAAUUUUUAGCCAGAAUGGCUUUUCUUUAUUCAAGCGGAAUUUAGAGACAACAGUUGAAGCCAGGGGUAAUGUCACUGAUGAGGAAGUCGAGGCUGCACUCAGUACCUUGGUUACCAACGUAUUCAGUCACUUAGUUGCGUUAACCAAUGGCACCAAUGUUUCAUUGACUCUGUCUGUCUUUGCUGCAUUAAAUUUGUGAGAGACACUGUCAAUAUCUUAUACCUUUUUAUUUUUCGUAUGGCUUUUGAUCUUUUUGAGGUCUCUUCGAGAUUUUAUUUUUUGAAUAAUACAAAUAGG